CUUCUUCUCUCCCUCGCCGCCUCACCCUGUGAGGGUGGAGCCUGGCUGGCUUCACUUCUUCUUUCUCCCGGACUUCAAUCUCCUCCUCAGCCUUUCUGCAGAGCAUCUUGAUGCCCAAAGCUGCCUCCCCAGAGAGUUACCUUCCUGAUUUCCUGGAUUGUUUUUCAUUUUGUGGAAGCUUUGCAUUGCCACCUGUGUAAACCAUGAACAUCGCUGGGUUUCUGAAGUCUCAAUUCAUUUUCCACCUUCUUAUCAGUUACAUAUUUAUAGCCUCGGGACUGAUAAUCAACUUCAUUCAACUCUUCACUCUAAUUCUCUGGCCAUUCAACAAGCAACUUUUCAGGAAAGUCAACUGCAAGCUGGCUUACUGCCUUUCAAGCCAAUUGGUGAUGUUGCUGGAAUGGUGGUCAGGCACUACUUGCACCCUCUACACGGACCCAGGGCAUUACCACAAGUAUGGGAAGGAAAAUGCCAUCGUAAUCCUUAAUCACAACUUUGAAAUCGACUUUCUCUGUGGUUGGAGCUUUUGUGACAGAUUUGGGGUUUUAGGGAGUUCUAAAGUCCUUGCAAAGAAGGAACUUUCAUAUAUGCCGAUCAUUGGGUGGAUGUGGUAUUUCCUUGAAAUGGUUUUCUGCAAGCGCAAAUGGGAGGAGGAUCGGAAGACUGUGAUGGAAGGCCUGCUUAAUCUCCGAGACUAUCCUGAAAACUUCUGGUUUUUAAUUCACUGCGAAGGCACAAGAUUCACAGAGCAAAAACACGAAAUCAGCAUGCAGGUGGCAGAAGCCAAAGGCCUCCCCAGGCUCAAAUACCAUCUCCUGCCACGGACAAAGGGAUUUGCUGUCACCGUCCAGUGUUUGAGAAAUGUAGUUUCUGCUGUGUAUGAUUCUACACUGAACUUUAGAAACAAUGAAAAUCCAACUUUGCUGGGAGUUUUAAAUGGAAAGAAAUACCAUGCAGAUUUGUAUGUUAGGCGGAUUCCAUUAGGGGAAGUCCCAGAAGAUGAGCAAGAAUGUUCAAAUUGGCUUCACAAACUCUAUCAAGAAAAGGAUUCCUUUCAACAGGAAUACUACAAAACAGGAGUCUACCCUGGUACUCCAAUAGUGCCAUCCCGGCGACCAUGGACUCUCUUGAACUGGCUUUUUUGGGCCUUAUUGCUUCUAUAUCCUUUGUUCAAGUUGCUCAUCAACAUGAUCAGCAGCGGCUCUUCACUUACACUUGCCACGUUUGUCUUUGUUUUUGUAGCAGCAGGCAUUUCAGGAUUGAAGAGUGCCAUGCCUUUUCAUUAUAGAUGUGUUCAGCUAUACAACUGGGAGUGGUUACUGUUGAUACAUCUGGCUUUCUAAUUUAUAUAGCUGCGUAUUAUCCCUUUCUCGGUAAACAUUGCAAAACAACAUCCUGCAAUACUGGAUCCUGCAAUACUGGAUCUUAUAUCAAUUUUAAUGCAGCCUAAUAAUCACUUAAAGGACUCUGCUAGGUGACUAUUGGUUAAGGACCUUGGACAACUUGGCGAGGUGGCAUUACCUGGAGGAAUCCUCCACCUUGUGUGACUGUGGAGCAGAACAAACAACUCCGCAUAUGUGUGCUUGCCCACAGUGUCCUACCUCAUUUACAGAGGAGGAGUUGCUUAAAGCUACGGACAAUGCAGUUGCUGUUGCCCGCUUUUGGUCUAAAACUAUUUAGUUGUUUUGUGAUUUCCUCUAUUUUUUUCAUCAUUUUUAAAAUGUAUUUGUUAUGCAAUGCUUUUGACACAAAAUAAAUAAAUAAGGACCUUGGAGAGCGCUUGUAGCUAAUAAGUGACAUUGUUUGAGGCCGCACAGCAGCCUAAAAUAUUUAAGGGAAUUUAGAAAAAAUGUAGGUUGGACUGGGUGUGCCAAAGGCUGAACUUCCUCUGUUAGACUUCUACCAAAAUUUAAAUCAUGUUUACAAAAAAGAAGUAAAGUAUAGGAAGCUCAGGGUAAUACUUCUGUGACUCCCAAAAGCUUUCUGUAAUCUGUGGGGCAGAAUAGCAAUAUAACCUGGAUAGGUAAGCAGCCUGGAGAGGUUCGGAAUGCAAGAUCAGUCCCAUUUUUUUUCCAUACAAACCAUUUUAAGAUCUAUCACAUUGUUAUAUCUGUUAGCAAGCACAUUAUUACAACUUACUAAGUGAUGAGAAAAAGUGAGCUUAAUAUAAAUCUCAAUGGAAAGCAGUAUCAAAGGCAAAGGGAGGGAAAGGUUAUGAAAUGGAGACCUAACAAACUCAGAUCUCAAGAAAACACAGACAACUGUGGUGCCAGUUGCUCUCUGAGGAAUUACAAACUGGAGUGGCAAAACAUCAGAAUGAGGUUGCCAUAAACUCAUUUUAUCACAUACUUCGUUAACAGAAAACAUUGUUUUGCAUGGGGAGGGUUUCAGGUUCAAUUUCUGGUGUCUAGUUAAAAGAAUCAGAUAACCGAUGAUGGGAAGGACACCUCUCUACCUGAGAAUAUGGUGCCACUCACGAUUAUUAAUAUCAGUUAUGGAAUAAAUAAAUAGCAAGGCUUGGUGUAAAUCAGGUUUUUGUGUGGCUCAAACUGAGUACUUUGUAUUUCCUGCAUUUAACUACCUCUACGUUUUCUUUCAUGUAGGCGGGUUUAUAUAUGCGAUUCUAACAUGCCAUUAAAUGUAAUGCAUAGUUGCAUACCUUGAUUUUGGUGAUGCAAUUUAGCCAAAAAUGGAGAACAUUAGACUCAAGCAAAUAUAGUAUAUUGUCUCUGCUUUAGUGGUUUUCUUGCAGCUGAGAGAUACCAGCUUCUGAAAAGUCUACUUCAUUGUAUUAUUCUUGUGCCUUUCACUCAGGCUAUAAUAAGAGCAUUCUAAUAUGGAAAUAUGGCUGCAAAUAGACUGGCUUGUAGUGUAGUCUAGGGUGCCCUUACUUUUAAAGGCCUUACACAAUGGCAUAUGUAGGUCUAGAAGAGCACUCUUAUCCUUUGAGACUGAUUUCUGAGCUCUUGAGUACAUACCACUUGGUUUUUUUUAAAUCUCUGCAGGAGUUUGAUCUUUCCUGUAAAAUGUCUCUUCGGUGUUUUUCAUUCCAAGUGUUUUUAAGAUUUCAAGUCAGAAAGGUACCUUUUUAUUUCUGUCACACUAAAUUCCAAAGAUAUUUCUUGGAGAGCCAAAGACAAAAAAAAAUUGGGCUACAGCCACUUUGGGUGUUUGCCUAACCCUAUCUGGCACUGUUAAUAAGGUGCACAGUCAGUGCAAGGGCUUGAAUGACAUGUCAUUUCUGAGUCUAAUGUUUUCUUCUGCUUCGAUCUUUGACUUAGAACAAGAAAUGACUAUUUUACUAGUCAGACGCCUUUCUUGUGCCUGGAUGGUCCUGUCUUGUUUCAGUGAUACCUUUGAUGGCCAGUCAUUCUGCUCUAGCAAAGUUGUUACACUGUCAAAGUACCAAUGUUAAAGCUUAUUAAGAUCCAGCCUUCCUGGCUGAUCAAACAGCCUGGAGGGGGACUGCCAAAGUGGGCGAAGGUGGUGGUCAAUGCCUCCUUGGAACAAGGCAAAGUUCUGACUUGCUUAAAGGAGGCAGUUGUAAGUCCUAUAUUUAAAAAAAAACCAUCCUUGAACCCCUCUAUAAUGGGAGAGUUGUUAGCUAGUGUCCAAUCUUCUCUUUCUAAGCAAGGUCUUGGGAUGUGUGGUGGCUUCCCAACUCCAGGGAUUUCUGGAUGAAACAGACUUAUCUAGAUCCAUUUCAAUCUAGUUUCAGGCCUGACUAUGGAACAAAGACCACUUUGGUUGCCUUGGUGGAUGACCUAUGAAGAGAGCUAGACAGGGGGAGUGUGUCCCUGUUGAUUCUCCUGGAUGUCUCAGCGGCUUUCAAUACCAUUGACCAUAGUAUCCUUCUGGCCAUCUCACUGAGAUGGGAUUGGGAGGCACCGUGGCUCCAGUCCUUCCUGGAGGGCCGUACUCAGGUAGUGCUGGUGGACUUCUGUUCUAACUCCCAGACAUUGAUCUGUGGGGUACCACAGGGUUCCAUUUUGUCCUUCAUGCUGUUUAACAUAUACAUGAAACCGCUGAGGGAGGUCAUCCAGAGUUUUUGAGUAUCGUGUCACCUGAAUGUAGAUGCCACCCCGCUACUACUACUCCUUUCCACUUAAUGUCAAGGAAGCUGUCUUGACCCUAAACCAGUGCCUAUCAUCAGUAAUGGACUGGAUGAGGGCAAACUAAUUGAAACUUAAUCCAGACAAGACAGAUGUGUUCCUGGUCAGUCAGAAGGUAGACCAGGAAAUAGGGAUUCAGCCUGUGUUGUAUGGCGUUACCCUCUCCCUGAAGACACAAGUCUGCAGUUUGGGGGUCCUCCUUGACUCAGUGUUGAAUCUGGAGGCCCAGGUAUCAGUGGUGGCCGGGAGAACCUUUGCAUAAGUAAAACUCUGAAGAGUGCUUGGAAACUUCAGCUGGGCCAAAGAGCUCCAGCCAGGUUGCUAAUGAGCUGGCUACAGGGAGCAGGCCCCCCCGCCCCUGGUUAAAGCAGCUCCACUGCCUGUCAAGUAUGUUUCUGGGCACAAUUCAAAGUGCUGGUUAUGACCUUUAAAGCCCUAGAUAAUUCAGAUCCAGGCUAUUUGGCCGACCGCAUCCCCUUAUACAAACCUGCCCGGGCCCUGAGAUCUUCAGGAGAGGCCCUUCUCUCGGUCCCAUCUCCAUUCCAAGCUCGGUUGGUGAGAAUAAGAGAGGCCCUUCUCGGUGGCUGAUCCACGACUGGAACUCCUUGCCCAGGGAAGCCAGAAUGCCCCCCUUCCUACUGUCCUUCCAACAGCAGGCUAAAACUUUUUUAUUGAGGCUUUUAAAGAUGAGGGUGUUUCAGAUCUAGUCAGGGGGUGCUGUGGUUUUUAACUCUGAAUUUUUUAGUGUAGUUUGUGUUUAUGUUUUAAUGUUUGUAUAUUUGUAUAUUUCCAAUUGUAUACUAAUGUUUUUAUGUCAAGCUGCUUUGAGUCCCCUUUGGGGUAUAAAGCAAUACUACUACUACUACUACUACUACUAAUAAUAAUAAUAAUAAUAAUAAUAAUAAUAAUAGUCCAUCUGGUCACAUUUAAUGUGUUUUCUCUCAUUUGAAGCUUAUGCUUACUUUAGAGGAAAGACAUAUUGAGUUUUGUUUUGCUUGUUUUUCUUUUGGGGCUGGGGUCAGCUGUAGCAGUACUCUUGUAAGAAGCACUGCCACCUAGAAUAAGGGAAUCAUGCUAGCCAGCAUAGUCAUUGCUAAAGAAUGCUAAAUAUCGCCAGGGAAGGAGCGCAUGAUUCCUGCCCAAUGUAUGGUAUGGAUUACCUGAAAGGUAGAAUUUAACUUCAAAAAUAGCAAAAUAAACUUAAUUAGAUUUUAACUUUUUUACAGGUACAGAAUGAAAAAAAAUCCCUUUUACUUCUUUACUUGGAUUUUACUUUUGCUGUAAAUAUCUCCCCUUUUCUCAGAAUUAUAUUUGGGAGACUAUAGAUUAAGCCUGCCGACCUCCAGGUGUUUGGGAAUCCAAUUCCCAGAAGCCUUAACCAGGUUGUCCAGCUGAGAGGAAUUCUGUGAGCUAAAGUCCAAAACAUCUGGAGUGCCAGUGGUAGUGCAGCCUGCUAUAGAUCUUGCUUUAAAUCAGGAGCUGACCAUUAAAAGGAUUGCACUGUUAAAUUUCUUUAAAACUCAUUCUUUUAAAGAAGUUCUUAUUGUAUAGUAUUUGUCCUUUAAUCCUGGAGAAAGUACUCUUCUGGAUGUUGGCUCUGCCAUAGAGGGUAUAUUUGAUUUGAUAUUAAUAACAGACAAAACCAGAUUACCAAUAAUAGUCUUUGUGCAUCAAAAUAUCUGACAACCAUGUUCCUGAUCAAUUUCACACAGAAACAUUUAUUUGUACCACAAUUCCCCGAAAACUAAGCAGAGUGUUCCCUCACUACUUCGCCAUUCGCUUUUCACAGACUUGCUGUUUCUCAGUUUUUUAAUAAACACUAAAAUAUUAUAAUAAAAAAUUAUGAUUUACAGUGGUGGUGGUCUGUCGGGUGUGGGCAGCAGGGCGGAGAAAGAGCCCAAAUGGCAGCGGGGGAGAAGGAGGCGGUGCCAUGUUCCCCUGCCUCUUUCUUCCCUUCCUUCAUCCCUCCCUCCCUCUUUCUACUUCCUUUCUAAGGAGAAGCCUAGCAUCCCUACUUUGUGGAUUUUCAUUUAUAGCGGGUGGUCCUGGAACAUAACCCCCGCAAUAAGUGAGGGAACACUGUAAUGCUUUCUUUUUCUGUUCUUUGGCAUAGCUUUCUAAGGUGGCAGAACUGUGUUGACCACAGUUUAUGAUUGUACUUAUCAGUUACUUUGGCAAAACAUUCAAGCAUGAAUAUGUUUGGUACAUUGUUGUAAAAUAGUCCUUAUUUGUUUAUUCCUUAUGUUCCUGUAUUACAAACUAUAAUCUGUAACUACUAUUCUAUUCUGUAAUACUAGUGAGUAACAGGACAACCUUAUAUUUACACUUAAUUCAUAGAUUUCUGUGUACGUUAGUGAUAACUUUCUAAGGUGGCAGAAGAUUAAUAAGGUGAAUAAGAGCGUUUAAGAUAGUUUCCUCUGCGAGAAAAUUUGUUAAUGGUUACACUUCUUUCUUGAGCAGUUCUUAAGAAAAUACAUAUUUCCUUAUUUCAGCUUCAGCUGGUGUUCGAUGGAUGAUAGGAGUCACAGAAAUAAACAAAGGGUCAACUUAUGGCAACCAUGGUCACAAGGGGAAAAUAAAGUGAAAUAUACAGAGACUGCUUCACACCCAAAGGAAAUACACAUGCCUGUUGGAAACUGUUGUGCAUAUCAAUUUCUUCAAACACGAGAAUCAGGAAGACUAACAGAGAGAAAGUCACGUUUGCUGAAAUCAUGCUCCUCUUUCCCCUUCGGCAUGGGAAGUUCAUCAAUAUUCUGGCCAAGAGUUUAACAUUUUUCCUACCUGGUUUUUCACAGGAAGAAUCUGUUGAAAAUUAAGGAACACAAAAUAUGCCAAGAGGCAGUAUAGCAAGGAAAGAUUCAAAGGAAUUAAUGUUUGUUUCCCCCCCUCACCCCAUUUCAGUGGAUUAAUAAUAAAUAGAUUAAUAAAAUUUACUUUUGUACAA